AUGUUUUUUAGACCGGAUUUGGCGCAAAUGGCAGCAAAAAUAGACUCACUAAAAAAGUGGACAGUAUCAACGUACAAAACAACAAAGCAGUCCAUUUGUGAAAAUUUGGGAAAGGUAGAGCGGACAGUUGACAAAGAAUUAGAAGAGCAGGUUGAACAACUAAAAAUUUUGCACAAGCACUACAAUCAGGUACUAACAAUGUCAAAAUCAUUCGCAACAAAUUUUCACCAGAUGAAUGAAGCACAAAAAAAUCUUGCUGAAUCUCUCUACCAGCUCUCAUUGAAAGAAAUGAAUUUGAGUACAGAAUGUUCUUCAAAUUGUGAUUCCUUGCGUUCAGUGGCUCAUAAUGGUGAAUUGCUGGAGCGAGCUUUAUCCUUUUUUCUUUCGUCAUUAAAGACGUUGUGUGAAAAAACAAUUGAAGAUACCAUGCAAACAGUCCGUAAUCAUGACCAGGUGUUUUAUUAUUGUAGUGUUUGA